GGCUGCUGUGCCGCGUCCCAUUCAUUUUCUUUGGCGAUACAACAAUACCUGACCUGUACGCUGUACCUGUACCUUACGCAACAGUUGAUUCGGCGCUGGUCGGCAGCGGCUGCGCUACAUCCUCACACCGCACCCUCCACACCGCACCUGACCUCACGUCUUGUCUCGUCUCGUCACGUCUCGUCACGUCGCCUCGACUCGACUCACUCUCACACACUCACUCUGACUCUCACACACACACUCACCCGACAUUCACACUCACUCACUCACUCAUUCACUCACGGCCAGGACACUGCAAUAUCCUCGCUCGGCCUUGCAGACGACGCGCGUCCACGUAAUCCGCGGCUACUGCUGCUGCACCCGCCGCUAUUUACCCACCCGUCCGCUCAACCCAGGAGUUUGUUGCGAGUGGUCAGGUGCUACAACGGCAACGCCUCGGAGCGCAUGUGACGGAAGGCACACGGAGUGAUCAGAACGCCUGAGGAAAACGCUCGCUCGCUCGCGUGAAGGCCGUCAAGAUGGUGGUUGCUACAAUCAAGUGUGUUGUGGUCGGUGAUGGUGCUGUAGGCAAGACUUGCUUGCUCAUCAGUUACACCACGAACAAAUUUCCCUCGGAAUACGUCCCAACCGUUUUCGACAAUUAUGCAGUGACGGUAAUGAUUGGUGAUGAGCCAUACACGCUGGGACUAUUCGAUACCGCUGGACAAGAAGAUUACGACCGAUUGCGACCACUCUCAUACCCACAGACCGAUGUUUUCCUGGUUUGCUUUUCCGUCACCUCACCCGCCUCGUUCGAGAACGUCCGAGAAAAGUGGUUCCCAGAGGUACUCCACCACUGCCCUGGAGUGCCUUGUCUGAUUGUUGGUACACAAACGGAUCUGCGAGAUGAUCCUCAGGUCAGAGAUAAGCUGGCGAAGCAAAAGAUGCAGCCUGUAAGAAAGGAGGACGGUGAAAGAAUGGCCAAGGAUCUGGGUGCUGUGAAGUAUGUGGAGUGUUCAGCUCUCACGCAGUUCAAGUUGAAGGAUGUCUUUGAUGAAGCGAUCGUGGCAGCCCUAGAACCACCCACGGUGAAGAAGCCCAAGCGAAAGGGCAAAGGUUGUAUAUUGCUAUAGCCUUGCGGCUGUGUGAUACGAUGCUAUUGGAUUUCUCACGUGAAGAUGGCGAGUAGGCAAGCAGGCGCCCUCAUCAGAUUAGAUUCACUUGUUCCCGGACAUUACCAGAGUUGUGGUGCGCGUGGAGUUGGAAGGCGCAUUGUUUUCAGGACUACGCAGGGCACUCAUAUCAGGUCAAUUGCCUCUGCUAUUUUGCAUUUCUCCCUGCUUUAUAUUCAAUGUGAAGAUCAACUUGCUGUAAACACAACCGCUUCUCAAUAAUGGUCUGCGGCUCUGGACAAAAACACGAAACAUACCUCGCCAGAUAUAGAGGGUCCUUCCGUACCUACGGUAGGGGCCGUUGGCAUGG